UUCUUUGGUACUCCAGUAUGUAUAUUUCCAGUGCUAAUGACCUUUCUCGGUUAUAAAUCGAACUGCUGCUGAAUUCCUUUGUUGUCUCAUGGGCUUUAUAUAAAUAAUAUCUUAAUUUAAACUUACCUUUAAAACUACAAUGGCAACCGGAGGGCGUGAUGAUCUCCGUGGAAUGAAUGCUUUCAAAAAUGGCACCCCAGUGCCCAAUAGUAUUUUCGUUGGUGGCAUUUCCAGUAAUACAACAGAAGACGAUUUGAGAAACUUGUUCUCAAAAUUUGGAAAUGUCAAAGCAACAAAAGUUCUUUUUGAUAAAGCUGGAAUAUCCAGAGGAUAUGGGUUCGUCACAUUCGAAACUGAAGAUGAAGCCGAUAAAGUUCUUAAACAGGCUGAACGCUUCAUCUUGAAAGAUAAGAAAUUGAACAUAGCUCCGGCAGUGAAAAAGCAGCCAUACAACCGUACUUUGGAAUCGGGCGUGGUCGGAAAUGCUUCUCUUAUUUGGCCAGCUCAGCCUCCUUCAAGGACUUCAGCUGGAUAUACUAGAGAUUCAAUGUAUUAUCCGCAGACACCAUGGCCUGUCAUGUGGCCACAAUUCUGUCUACAGCAGCAAUAUCCAUAUCCUUCCAUCCCUCAAGCUGGCUUUCCGCAGUACGUAUAUCCCAUCGCUCCUAUGGAUUAUCCAUAUCAACCGGUUUCUGGAUCCGAUUUCUCUGAAACAUCAUCUGCUGACAGUGGAGAAAGUGUCAAGAACCGUCCCAAGUCUGCUGCUGCAACUCCAGUUUCAUCCGAUUAUGAACGCGGCCGUUCUACUCGAGCAAAACCAACAGAUGCUCAAAACCAGAAUAUUCCCAAAUACAAUGGCGGAAGUGUGGAAAAUUCUAACUGCAUGCAUUCGGCUCCCCUAUCUCACUUGCAUCAUCCAGUCUUUGCGAAGACUCUAAAUGGUGUAACGGUGAUGUCUUAUCCAGGCUCUAUGGUAAUGGGCAAUCCAGCCAUAGUCUACGUUAAGGAUGGCAACGAAUCGGAUAAUGUGUUAACAGAACUCGGAUAUCUGCAUUCUCCAAUAGCAUCGGGUACGCUGACGCCUCCUGCUACUCCUUUGGUUUCGUUUCCUUGCGACUUCGGUGCCAAUGCAGCCUUAGAUUCCAUCCGCAAAAAUUAGAUGGAAAAGAAUCUGGAAGUAAUUAAGAAGUCUGUGUGGAUCAUUCCUGUCGGAGCAGUCGACACCUAUAUAAACCGAUUUCUUGUUAUGCUAAAGAUAUGCUCAGCAUGUGAGAGCUGAUGUUGUGAAUGAUUUGCAACGCAAACCUAUUUUAUUUACUUGCUUUUAUGUAUUGCUUCGUUAACAGUGCAGCAACUCGAUUCUAUCUCGGUGUAUAAUUGUGCUUUUAUUUCGAAAACUUCUGUCAACAAUUAAAUUGACUUAGGCUAAUUUUAUAAUUGUUUCUUUAAAUUUUCCUCGUAUUUUUAUUUAAUCAGCUAUAUCCUAAGUAUUUUAUGUGUGUGUGACGUCAAAUAACUGUAUACAAAGUGUGCUAUCUAUCGUCUGUGCAAAAUGUUACUAACUCCUGGACUGUCAAUUAUUGAAUAAAAAUGCUUACAUCUUA